UCAAUACUACAGUUGCCGGUCUAGAGUGUAUCGAAAGACCGAUUAGCUUCCGCUUUGGAGAAAAUUUUGGUAAUAUUUGACAGAAAUGUCCCAUCAAACAGGAAUUACAGCUGGAAGGGAAUUAUUGGAAUAUUUUGCAACGUGCAAAGAGGGACAUGUACGAUUGAUAAAAAUUGGUAUUGCAAAUGAGGAACUGGUGUUACAAGACAGUAAAGAUGUGGAUGGGACAUGGGAAGAUGAUUACGACAAAUUCGUAUUACCAGCACUUGAAGAAAAACAGCCCUGUUAUAUCCUAUUUAGACUAGACAGUAAAAACAACCUGGGAUAUCAGUUUAUAUUUAUCUGUUGGUCUCCAGACUUCUCACCUAUAAAAGAGAAGAUGUUAUAUGCAGGAACCAAAUCCACACUAAAACAAGAAUUUGGUGGAGGUUUAAUAAAAGAUGAAAUGUUUGGUACAGAAAAGGCAGAUGUCUCAUUAAAUGGUUACAAGAAACAUGUAGUAGCACAGCAUGCUCCAGCACCGUUAACUGAAGCAGAAGAAGAAAAACAACACAUCAAAAGGACUGAGAUCAAUACAGCUAGUGUGGAUACCAAACAGCAAACCAUAUCAGGAGUAGCCUUUCCCAUAUCACAACAAGCUUUGAAUAAAAUUGAGGCAUUAGGACAGGGCCAAUUUAAUUACCUGCAGCUGAGUUUAGAUCUCAGUAAAGAAAUAAUAAAUUUCGAAGAAGCAGAAAAUGUUAAUGUAGGUGAUUUGCAAGGACAUGUACCCACAGACCAUGCUAGAUAUCAUCUUUAUAACUUUAAACAUACACAUGAAGGAGAUUACAUGGAAAGUAUAGUAUUUAUAUAUUCAAUGCCAGGCUAUAAGUGUUCUAUAAAAGAAAGAAUGUUAUAUUCUAGUUGUAAAGCACCAUUUAUCGACAAUGUACAACAAUUAGGUUUAGAAGUAGUUAAAAAUAUUGAAAUAGAUGAUCCAAAAGAAUUAACAGAAGUCUACAUAUACGAUGAAGUUCAUCCAAAGAAGAAUGUUGCCAGACAAGCCUUUGCCAAACCAAAAGGCCCUGCUGGUCGGGGACCAAGAAGAAUGCCCAAACAAGAAUCAUAGUAUUGCCAAUUGUUAACAACCUUACCGACAGUACAUCUCAGACAUUGUGUAAUCAUUAUUAAUGAACCAUUUUGUUAUUGUCAUUUUUUCACUGCAAAGAUUGUUAUCAUUAUUUAUUGUUAUCCCCCUUGUUAUCACUGGAACGAAACUUGAUAAAUUUAAGGGUAGGGAAUUCCUCUCUGUAAUAUCUGGAACUGAAAUUGGUAAUGAGGGCUGGAGGUUAUUGGCAGAUAAAACUUCAUUUUUUACACAGAGCAAUAGAUAUCAUAUAACUGAUGCAGGAGAGUUUACAACAGAAAUCAUCCAUGCAUUAACUGGUACUUAUUUUCUUGUGGCUGAUCAGUGCAUUUGACUUUUAUCAAGAACUUUAUGUCAUUGUAUGGUGUUGCAGUAAGAAUUGUUCAGUUGGGGGUGGAUACAAACCAAAAUGGGCCAUAGGUAUUAAUCUGAUGAUAAUAAAAUCAAGAUGAUUCAUUUAAAUGGGUUAUCUGUAUUAAAGGAUAAGGUGGUAAAGGAGUAGGCCCGGUAAGACCCCUUUUUGGCCCCAAAAUAUAGCAUUUUUACAAAUUUGUUGAAAUGAAAACUUUAGCUCUUAAUUGGAAAGUAGAAUACUUUUGUUCCAUAGAAAAGUUUUUGACAAUACAAUGCACAUGCAUCAGGUAAUAGCAUCAUAAAUUCUGGCAAAAUUACUGAAAUCUUCACAAUUGUAGCAUUAGUGCUAAUUUUUGUCUAAAAUUGAAGUGGCCGCAUUUGUGUUCAGUUGUAAUUUCUAAAUAUAUGUUGUAUUUGAUGAUAAUGCAUAACAUAUAUAAAGAUUGAGACCGAAUACGAAUGGGGCCACUUCCAUUUUAGACAAAAACCAUCUGAAAAGUGACGUUUUAUGGCAUAUUUUAUAGACUUUUUAUAUUUAAGCUUGAAUUUGAUAGUCUUUAUUUACCAAAUCAGUUCAAAUCUUUAACAAACUAUUUGAAUCGACUGGAGUAGACACUUAAAUUAAAAAAUUUAAAAAAUCUUUCAUCAGAUGUACUUUAAAUUUUAGGCCAAAACUAGCCCUUACCAGACUUUCUCCUUUGAGCAGAAUGGACCAAUUGCUAUGAUUGGAUAAAUUUUACUUACUGAUACUAAGUUUGGGGCCAUCUUGACUUUUUGAAUGGCAUUAAUAUUAUAGUUAUAUACAAGAGUUUCUUCUGUUCACUUAGACAGAACUUUUGAGACAAUACAAAUGGAUCUUUUAAUUCUGUUCUUUGAAAAUUGUAAUUUAUAUCAGUAUUAUCGUUAUAAUAUUUAUUAGUUUGAAAAAGUGUAUAAACUUGAUGGGUCUAGGCAUAGUAUACUGGUACAUGUACCUGUUUAUAUUCUGUUUGAGUUAUAUAAAUCUUCAAAAUUUCUAUCAUUGAAAAGCAAAAUUUUAUAUGUUGUAGCUGAAUUUAUAUCCAAUAUUUUUCUAAUUAUAUAAACUCUGACAAUUUGUUACCAGAAUAUCUGGUCAAAACAUAUAGUUACAACAUAAGGCCAUGAUCCUAGACUACAUGAAUAAAUACAGUGGGAAAAAGGCAAUAUAAUUAAAAAAUCUGAUUUUGAAUAAAUUACUUCAAAGAUUUAGAGAAUUAAAACAGACUAUAAUAUGAAUACUGAAUCUAAUAUUUUUCUAAUUGUUAUACAAACUCUGACAAUUUUUUGCCGCAAUUUCUUGUCAAAACAUAUAAAUACAGCAUCUGGCCAUGGUCCUAUACUGCAUAGAUAAAUAUUCAGUGGGAAAAGUGUAACAUAAAAAAAAUAUGAUUUUGAAUAAAUUACUUUAAAGAUUUAGAGAAUUAAAACAGAAUUUUAUAUGUAUACUGAAGACUAUAAGAUCUUUUAUUUUUUAAAACACUGCUUACCUACAUUAAACUUAAUCAGAUUUUUAUCAACUCUUCAACUCAAUUUAAAAAAAAUCAUGCAUGAAAGCAAUUAUUGAUAUGCAAUGCUCAAAAACAUGAAUAUCUAAUUUUAAAGAACACUUAUAAAAAACUGUGAUAUUUUUUAUAUUAAAUAUAUUGUGUUCUUUUAUAUUUUUGUAAUGUGUAUAUUUGUCACUUAUGCAUGUUAUUAUAAGAUCAAAGUAAAAUAAAAAUUGUUGGGU